GUUCUGACUUCUCACAAUGAUCUCAAAGACCGCCGUCGUGUUGGCCCUUGUGGCUGUCGCUGUAGCUGCUCCCUCACAGCCCACGUAUGGCUAUACCCCGGAACCCACAUAUGAGGAACCUGCCAAGUACGACUUCAACUACGCUGUAAAGGACGACUACUCCGGCAACGACUUCGGCCACCAGGAAGCUCGUGAUGGGUACAACACCCAAGGUUCCUACUACGUCCUCCUUCCCGACGGUCGUCUGCAGAACCUGCUACGAACCUGCUCCUGCCUACAAGCCUGCUCCCGCUUACGAACCUGCCCCUGCCUACAAGCCUACUCCUGCUUACAAGCCUGCUCCCGCUUACGAACCUGCCCCUGCUACAAGCCUGCUCCUGCCUACAAGCCUGCUCCCGCUUACGAACCUGCCCCUGCCUACAAGCCUGCUCCCGCUUACGAACCUGCUCCUGCCUACAAGCCUGCCCCUGCCUACAAGCCAACCCCAGCCUACGCCUAA